AUGGUGACUAAACAAGAACGAGAGGAAGUAAUUGAUCCACAUGGAUUUUUUGUAUCACCUGACGAAUUGAAUACUGAAGACGCAGCGGAUGCAGCAGUAAUACGUCGUCGAGAACAAAAAUGGCUUGAUAUGUUUUCACAAUGGCCAUCAUUUAUUCAAUCACGUUUUGAUAAACUUAAAGAACGUUGUCGAAAAGGUAUACCAGCAUCUGUACGUGGACAAGCAUGGUAUCAUUUAUCAGCUGCAAAAUAUCGACAAGAAAAUGAAGAUCGAAAUUGUCGAACAGGAAAUUUAUUUAAUAGUUAUUUGAAACAAACACCUGAUCUACGUGUUAUUGAUGAUAUAAACAAAGAUUUAGCAAGAUCAUUUCCUGAUCAUGAAAUGUUUCGCAAAAGUGGAUCUGGACAACAAAGCUUAUUUGAUGUUCUGAGAGCAUAUGCAGUACAUGAUCCAGCUGUUGGAUAUUGUCAAGCUCAAGCACCUAUUGCAAGUAUUUUAUUGAUGCAUUUACCAGCUGAAUCAGCAUUUUGGGUAUUUAUACAAAUUAAUGAAGAAUAUGUGAAAGGAUAUUUUAGUGAUGGAUUAAUGGCAGUAAGAGAAGAUGCAUUAGCUACAGAAUUACUUCUACAACGUAUUUCACCAAAAGGUUAUCGUUUACUUCGUAAACUUGACGUUGAUCCAAUAUUAUAUACUGUUGAGUGGUAUAUGACAUUAUUUUCACGAACUUAUCGUGCACCAAAAUUAUAUCGCAUUUGGGAUAUGUUUUUCUGUGAAGGUGUCAAAGUAUUAUUUCGCUUAGCACUUGUGAUUGUACGUGAAGCACUUGAAGUUGGUCCACCUGAUAUUGUCAGUCGAGCACAUAGAUGUGAUAAUCCAAUGGAUCUUGUUUCACUUAUAAAAGAAACUGCUAAACUGUUAUCAUUUGAUGUUUUAUUAGCUAAAAUGGAGAAACUUCCAUUAACUGAUAUUGAUCUUGCUCAAGCAUGUCGACAAGCACGACAACAACUUAGUUCCGAAUUAGAAGCAACAAAGAAUCGAAAAAAAUAA